AUGAGUCCCUUUAGUAAAUAUGCAGACCUGUGUGCCCCCUGCAUUGAGGACGAAGACGAAGAGCUGGUUGAAGUUGCUUCACUGAUUGAUUACAAAGCACUGGAAGACGUUAACAUUACUCUACCUGACAUCAUUGCAAACUUAUCCAGUGCCAUUCAUCAUGGAAGUGUCAGCAGAUUCAACAUCUCAAGAGCAAAUGUCUGGGAUGGAGCAGUCAGGGGUUUCAGGCGGUUGUCAUACUCUGAAACCAAUGACAUGCUGGUUAAAUUUACCGAUGAUGCUGGCAUUCUAGAAGAAGGACUUGAUGCAGGUGGCCCAAAACGAGAGUUUUUGAGUCUGCUAAUGAAACACAUGAAAGAUUGUCCCAUUUUUGAUGGACCAGAAGGACAUCGAUUCCUCGUCUACAAUGCAAAGGCUGUAAGGGAGGAUGAAUACUACCUAGCAGGAAAGAUGAUAGCCGUGUCAGUUGCAGAGCUGGUACAUUAUCUUGCAGGCCAGACUUCAGUAAAAGCAACAGUUGUCUCAGUCACAGAUGGAGACAUAGGGAAAGCUUUACAAGAGAUCGACAGUGCUGGUUCAGUGGAUGUCCUGCGUGACUGUGUCAUAAAACACAGUACUAUGCUACAGGUGGCUGGUUGUCUAAGGCACGUUUCCACAGUUGAGGAAAAGAAAGACAUUGUGUCUGACUAUCUCCGGUGGUAUAUAAUUGCUCGAAACUUAUCUGUAAUUGACAGAUUUAAAGAGGGUCUUUCAGCACUUAAUUUCCUGAGUGCACUCCAGCAACACCCUACUUUGCUUUCUCCGGUCCUGUGUCACAUGGAAAAGAAACUCACAGCUCUUGAACUUGAGAGACUUUUCAAACCUGACUUCAGCCCAUCUGGAAGUAACAGGAGACAUCUGGAGAGUCAAACUGUGGGCUACUGGUCAGACUAUCUGCUUGACUGUGAAGAAUCACAAACUGCUGUGUCGGUGGGCGAUGUUCUGAUGUUUGCAACUGGGCUAACAUCAUUGCCCCCUUCUGGAUUAGAUCCACUACCAAGCCUACAGUUCCUGGAUGACUCUUUAUUCCCGAUGGCAAAUACAUGCUUAAACUUAUUGAAACUACCAAUGAUAACCUCAUAUUCCGUGUUUAAAUCCAACAUGGAUUUUGGAAUUCAAAACUCCCCAGGAUUUGGAUGUUUCUGGGAUGUCUGGCCUUGCAGUUCAAACCUGCUGUUUGAGUUGUUUCUCAAGUUUUUAAGUCAAGAUUUUUUUUUAAAAGAUGUUAUGAAUAGGAUAAGAUGGGACAUGCUAGUGGUACAGCACAAAUCCAUUAUAGUUUACCAGGUUUAUUGUAGUUUUAUUAGAUAACCCAGUCACUUACAGCUGCUUCUUCUUGGCAUUACAUUGUAAAUUCUGUAGGUUUUUUGCUA